CUCAUGCGCAGUGAACUCACAGGCGGACAUUUUAGAUUUUGUGGGUACAGAGAAAAGAAAACGUGGGAGAGAUGUCGAGCCGAUACGACCGCGCCAUCACCGUCUUCUCACCGGACGGACACUUAUUCCAGGUGGAAUAUGCACAGGAGGCCGUGAAGAAGGGCUCCACGGCGGUUGGUGUUCGUGGGAAGGACAUUGUAGUCCUGGGGGUGGAGAAGAAGGCCAUCGCCAAGCUACAGGAUGAGAGAACUGUCCGCAAGAUCUGCUUACUGGAUGACCAUGUGGCCAUGGCAUUUGCAGGUCUGACAGCUGAUGCGAGAAUCCUGAUCAACCGUGCACGUGUGGAGUGUCAGAGUCACAGGCUGACGGUGGAGGACCCUGUAACUCUGGAGUACAUCACACGUUACAUCGCCACCCUCAAACAGCGUUACACCCAAAGUAAUGGGAGGAGGCCAUUUGGCAUCUCCUGCCUGAUAGUUGGGUUUGACUAUGACGGCACACCCCACCUCUACCAGACGGAUCCUUCAGGAACCCAUCACGAGUGGAAGGCCAAUGCCACUGGCCGCAGUGCAAAGACAGUGCGAGAGUACCUAGAGAAACACUACACUGAUGAACUGGCCGAUUCCGACGCAGAGUGCAUCAAACUAGCUCUUAAAGCUCUCCUGGAGGUUGUACAAUCAGGAUCUAAGAAUGUGGAGCUUGCUGUUAUGAGGAGAGAUGAGCCCCUGAAGAUGCUAAGUGUGGAGGAGAUAGAAAAGAUCAUGGCUGAGGUGGAGAAGGAAAAAGAGGAGGAAGCUGAGAAGAAAAAGAAGUCUAAGACGUCAUCUUAAGAUGAUGACUCUUGCUAGAUAUCUUUUUGUAUAUAUAGUUAUGUUUGGAGGGCCUUGGUGGCCUUGCCUCUGGAGUUCCAGUGAUGUGUAUCAAGGUCUUCUAUAGUAGUGGCAAUUUCACCUUUUUUUCAACAUACUCAGUCUACCAUGUAACAUGCUAAAGCAUGUAAUGAAGCAUCACACAUUGUAGAGAUGACAAAUAUCUCCAUGUGGACCAUGUAAUUCUGCCAGAAAGUCAAGUUUAUACUACAGUAGUACAUGUAGGUUCUUCGGUGGUUUUCACACAACAGCUAAUUCUAGUUUCUUCGCUUUCCACUCUGUAAACUACUAGUAGAUUGUGAUAGAUGAAGGCAAUGCUGAAAGAACAUUUCUUGAACUUAAAGCACUUUGUAUAACAUGCAGAUAUAAGCCAGACAAUGUUAUGUACAAACUGGAGGGAUGACUAUUUGUAGGUCACUACACGUUAGUCAUU